GAGCUUGGCUAGCUAGCACAGCGCUCCACCUCCACGGCUCCACCUCGCCAGGUCUCCGCUUCCGAGAGCCACUGCUCGACCGCCUGGGCUCGCCUCCUUACUCGCCGGCGCCGCCAUGGACCACAAGGACAAGUCCCGCAAGACACCCUCUGCGGCGGCGUCCAUGGCCGCGCUCGCCGCCGCCGCGGCCGCCGGCGACGGCGCGGACGGGGUGCUGCCACCGCACGCGGAGGAGGACAAGAAGCCGGCGAAGCUGGUGGCCGUGGACAGCCCCUCUAGCUCCUUCCCGGCUCCGACGGUGUCGGUGAGGAGGAGCGCGGCGGCUGCUGGCGGCGCCGUCGCGGCGGGAGGAGGAGGCAGCGGCGGGCCGAGCUGCCAGGCGGAACGGUGCGGCGCCGACCUGAGCGAGGCGAAGCGGUACCACCGGAGGCACAAGGUGUGCGAGGCGCACUCCAAGGCUGCCGUCGUGCUCGUCGCCGGCCUCCGCCAGCGCUUCUGCCAGCAAUGCAGCCGGUUCCACGAGCUGUCGGAGUUCGACGACACCAAGCGCAGCUGCCGCCGACGCCUGGCGGGGCACAACGAGCGGCGCCGGAAGAGCUCGGCGGAGGCGCAGGGCGGCAGCGCCGGCGACGGCUGCCGCCACGCCGACCAGGACGGCCGGGGAAACCCGCCGCUGAACCACUUCCAGAUCAGAUAAACCUACCUAAGCAUGCUCUCUCUCUUCUGUCACGCAGCAAGCCAUAUGAUAUGUGCUACCCUACCCCUGUGUCUGUGCUGCGUAGCUAACUUGGCAGUAUGUCCUCCUAUAUUGCUGCUAUAUGUGCACCGGAGGUUCAUGUGCUAUAUCUGCCACAAACCUAAUUAUGCUGAUUGUAACCAGCAGGCAAUUAAGCAGGUAAUGUUAGAGUAAUUGUGCGUGUCUGUGUGAGUAUGGAUCACAUGUGUAAUUCUGUGGCCUGUGCCCAACAGUAAUUUGUGCAGGCUGUGUAUUGACGUUGUGCUCUGGUAAUUGUGGUAAUAUAUGCUAUUUAUUCGGGUAAUA